GCAAAAUAUUUUUAAGCGCAACUACGUCUAGUCUUUAGAAUAGGACAUUUGCGAGAAUAACAUUGAAAAUUUUAUAGAAUGCCAAUAAAAUGGUUUAUAACUUAGGAAAAAUUUUGAACAAUUGGAUUACUUUACGAAACACGCUUAUCGCUACUAGCAAAAAGCGGUCUUUUAGAUAUGGUUUGCCUUUCAUCCUAUUUGUUAUAGGAGGUUCAUUCGGACUUAGAGAAUGGACACAAAUAAGAUACCAAUUUGCUCAAGUAAAAGGAGUGAGUAGAGAGGAAGCUGAAAAAAUGGGCUUACACAAAGAAAAAAAAGUUUCACUUGAAACAGUUUAUGAUGAUAUCCAAAAGUUAGACAUUGAUAAUUGGGAAAAUAAACGUGGUCCAAGACCAUUGGAAGAAAAUUUAAAGCCUAAAUAGUUUUAUCUAUUAAGGUAAAUUUUUAAAGUAGAUUGUAUAGUGAUGAGAUAUUUAUGAAAUAAUGAAAUAAAUAGGUGUUUAUAAUGUAAAAAUACUUGAUUUUUUAAUAAUAAUGAACAGAGA